AUGGCUGGAUAUCACACACUUGGCGUUGACCGACUCUUCAUCAACGGCGAAUUCGUUCCCUCGGUUUCUCACAAGAAGUUUGACGUGAUCAAUCCGGCCGCCGAGGAGAUAGCUGCCUCUAUCUAUGAGGCAGGGGCUGAGGAUGUGGAUCUGGCAGUCGAGGCUGCGAAGGCUGCCUUCCCAGAGUGGUCAGCCCUCUCGGCCGACGUGAGAUGCGACUAUCUGAGCAAACUCGCGGAUGAAAUCGACCAGUAUGAAGGUCAGAUCACGUACAUGGAGGCAAUCACCAUGGUUAUGCUGGGCACGGCUAAGCGAUAUCUCAAUUUUUUUGCACACAAAGCCAUCAACGUGACUGGGGAGACGUCACUCAACACGCCUGAAUAUCUGAACUUCUCAAUCUUGGGCCCUGCCUUGGCUGCCGGCAACACCAUGGUUCUCAAGUCUUCAGAGAAGUCUCCACUCUCGGCCAUUUUCUUUGCGUCUCUGUGCCAGAAGGUUGGUCUUCCCAAGGGCGUGCCCAACAUCCUGAAUGGAUUUGGCCGACCUUGCGGCGAGGCCUUCUCCAGGCAUAUGGACAUCAGGAGGGUCUCAUUCACAGGGUCCGUCGCCACUGGACGAGUAUUACAGAAAGCUGCAAACGAAUCCAACCUGAAGAACAUUGGCUUGGAACUCGGCGGCAAAAGCCCUUUGCUUUUCUUCGAUGACGCAUCUCUCGAGAAGGCGGUGAGGUCUGCUACCUUCUCUAUUCUAUACAACUCGGGCCAAGUCUGUAUGGCCAGCUCGCGAAUAUACGUGCAGGAAGAGAUUGCCCCCAAAUUUGUGGCAGCCCUGAAAGAGGAGAUCUUUGGCCCAGUGCUUGUGGUCAAUACUUGUUGGAAAAUCCGGGAAUCCCCCUUAUCUUCAGGAUUCAGACUGUUAGUCUGA